AUGAAAUGGGAAUACUUUAAGCAGUAUCAAGGCUUGAUAAUUCAAACUAACUUGUCUCCUACUAUAAAUAAUUUCAGCUAUGCAAAAUUCCAAAUUUGUGUGUAUUUCCUGUAAUUGUCAUACUUUUUAAUCGAUGAUUCAAAUGAACAAGUUUUUAGCCUGAUAAAAUCAUUCACAAAAAUAUGUUUGAUUUCUCCAUACUUUAUGAAUAACAAUCCAAUAAACAUUUUAAUAGGCAUUGCGAUAACCAUACUGAAUUGCUUCCCUUAUAUCAUUAUCACUUAUCGCUUCAUAAUGAAAAGCCACAAUAGUGUAGACAGUAUCUCAAAGAGUGUUUUGGAUGUAUACAAUUAUUAUUAUCUUAUUUUAGUUAAUUACCAUACUAAUAACUAACUAUUUUCUUAACUUCACUUGGUUAUUUUAUGUUUUUCAACUCUAUUAUGUUUGUUGGAACUUGCUGAAUGCAGCUGAUCCAUUGUUGAUAUUACUUUCUAUUUUUAAUUUAUUGAUUGCUUUGGUAAGCUUAUUAAUUUCAAAUAUCUAUUUCAUCAACUAUGAAUUCUUUUAGUAAAGUUUAAGAAAAUACUUUAAUUACAACAAUAUAAUAGCCUAAUUAUUAUUAAUCCCGUUAGUAUUUCUGUCAAUCAGAACAUAGUUUAUUUUUAUUUUGCUUUCAAAAAUUGUUUUUGGGUUGUUCAUAUGCAUGCUCAUAGGAGAGGCAAUCAUCCAGUAUCCUUUUGGGUAAACUAUAUAAUACUAAUCAUCUUAGAUUUUCAGCUUAUGCAAAACUAUAUAAUUAGGGAUUAACAAUAUUCACAAUUGUUUAUCUAAUAUCAACAAUUCAGAAAGCAUUUUCAAUAAAUUCUUAUUCAUGCAUAGUGAUAUUUCUAAUAUUGUUGCCUGUUGCAUAGCAUCUGACGACUGCUUUGGUUGAAAUGAAAAGAUAGAAUGUUUAUCAAACAAUUUCAAAACAAAAUCAAUAUUUUGAGCUAUUGUAUAUUGAGAACAUGUUUGAAUUGAAUAGUGAGGCCCAAAAAAGUAAGUAAAAGGAGAUAGAAUAUAUAACUAAAUUUUGUAUGCAUCACUCUCAUUGUAGAUUAAAUAAAUGUUAAUGUAAGAAAAUUGGAUUUGAGAAGAUAAUUAAACUUGACCAAACUGUUAUUUUUAUAUCAUGCCUGUUCAAAAAGAGUUUUGACAAACAUAAAGCCACAGUAUAAAAGAGGAUUGGAGAUUUUGAAGUACUAUCUUUGAAGUUCUUAACUUUCAUUAAUAAAUUUAAAAGGAAUGGACCUAAGACUUAUUAAGAACUGAAAGUUCUAUUCUAAAAAUAAAGAGAAUAUUCAUUCUAUUUUAUUUAAAUGUGUUUAUUUCUAUAAUUCAUUAUAUAGGCUUAAAUGCAAAAAGACGAAGAUUACAACAUUAAUUCAGAAUCUCGAAGCAGAAUUUCAAAUGUGAAAUUGUAAGUGAGUAAAAGCGAGAGAAGUAUUGUACAGAAUCUUUAUUAGAUGGAGUAAGUCAAAUAAAAUAUGUUACCAUUAUUAAUCUAAGUAAUGAGUAUACAAAAAUAAUUAGAUCUGUUAAUUUAAAUCUGGUUUUUGGAAGUAAAUUUAGGAAGGCAAAAUAGCUACAUUCAUUGAAAUAGAAAAAUAAUUGUAAUAACUGUAAACAUUGCAAAUACAGAUAACACAAGAGUAUAACAAGUAUCGAUCAAUAUUUUUUGUUAAUGGAAGGACUUAUAAUGUUUAAUUCUUAAAAUUUGAUGCUCUUAUCUAAUUGAUUCUAUAUAACAAUGCUAGAGCAUAUUAUGAGAUGGAAAAAGGUAAAAUUAUAUAGAAAAAUAAUUAGAUUGUAAGGAGAUCUUGGCAUAUGAAAGAAGCAUGAGUACUUUUGAAAUUACUAACAUUAACUUUUUCAAAGGAGAUGCUAUUUCAGUUAAGGUGUGUAUAGCAUUCGGCCCAAAUAUAGGGAAAGUCAGAAAUAAAGUGAUUUCACCUCUGAUUCCUCGAUUUUUUGGAUUUGCAGACAUGGCAUCAUUUAUAGAUUACACAAAAGGUAAUAUCAAUCCACUCAUGCCAAAUUGGCUUUUGGGUGUUCAUGAUGAAAUGAUGCAAAAUUAUAUUAGAAGAGGAUCAACUUAAAGAAUUGGAAAAUACUUCUAAACAUUUGCAAAAUUAUGCGAUCAAACAUUAAUUAGAUGUUAAGUGUAUUUGGCUCAUAACUUUAGUCCAGAUUUAGAAGCUGAUUUUUCAAUGAUCGGAUGUUUGAAAAGAUUAGAAUAAGAUGAAAUAGAUCCUAAGGAGGAUUCUAAACGAUUAAGAAAUCUGAUAUUCAAAGGUUAACAACAUGUCUUAUUUGAUAUUUAUGGAAAUUUAAUGGGUAUUACUUAAGGAUUAUAUAAAAUGAUUGAUCGUAUGCAAAGAAAGCCUAAAGAUAAUAAUAAGUAAGAUGAAAUUAAAUAGAAGUCUUUUGAGAAUGAGAAUGAUGAGUCUUCUGCAGAUUCAGAAUCUGAAGUGUAUCAAUAAAUAUUAUUUAUAUUAGUUUUGAUGUCUAUGAAAUUAAGUGGUCAAAUGAACCUCUUACUAUCGAAGACUUCUACUUAAAAGUGUUAAUUUGGAUGUUGUUCCCAUUUAUUACUGCUGAGAUUGAAUAAACAGGGAUAGAAUUUUUGAUGAAUGGUUAAGUACCUCCAAAAGGAAAAUAUCCAAAUCAAAUAGAUCUGGAAAGUAGUAACACGGUAGUUUCAAACAAAGAAACAUAUAUGUUUGUACCAGAGGAUAUCAAUUUAUUUGUUUAACAAUACAACAAAGUUCUAGGUAAAAUAAAUGAAGAUGAGAAAAUUCAGACUUCUAAUUUCUCUCUUAGUGGAAAAAGAUAAUAAUUUAUGGAAGCUGAAUCAUUAAAUACUAAAUAAUAGGUUACAGUAUUUAAUGAGAAAUUGUGUUCAUUCUUUUUUGAAGAAUUCCUAAGAAAACAUCAAUAAAUGGUGCUGGGCAAUUUCUCAAGACAGGAGAUGAGGGUUUCUAAUCUGAAUUAAAUGACAACUAAUAUUUAGCAUUCUGAAAAUGCGGAUUCAUCUUCUGAAAGUGAAGGACAAUUAAAAACUAGGGCAGAAUAAAUGUAUUAUGAUAAGUUCCAAAAUUAUAUACAAAGGAUUACAACAUAAGAUUUCAAUCCUAUUCCGGUCAUCUAUUCUGUUAACUAUGAAGAAUUUAGGUAUAAAAAGAAUGAAAUAGAAAAUAAAGUCUAAAUGUUUGUUAUUGAAUUGACUGUAAAUGAAUAAUAAGUUGCUAGUAUGGAAAAAGGAUAUCGUAAAUAAUUAAGAGACACAUUAAAGUAAAUGUAGGCCUAAAUGAAAUAAGAUAAAAGUGAAAAUGCAAAUAGAGGAUCUGCUAAUAUUAAAUAAUCAUAAAAUUUAUCCUAAAUAUAAGUGAUCUCAGACGAUUCAAUGAGCUUGCAAGGCAAUUUCAGUGAAAAAGUUGAUUAGGAUGAUCAAAUCUCUUUAUACCAAUUUUUGAGUCAUCCAUCUAAAUAGGAUGAAUAUUGUUUUAGUGAACAAAAUAUUCUUACUGAUCAAUUUAUUAUCACAUCUGCUAAAGACGAAUAAAAUAAGUUACUCUCAACAAAUAGGAAGAGUCUUUAAUUAUAUGAAUUAGGUCUAUAAGGUGCUAAAAGCAAUGGAAUAGAAAAUCAAUUUGAAUAACAGAGUAGAAAAAAUCCAUUUGACCUUCUCAAAGUAUCAGAAAAAGAAGCAGCAAGCAAAGUAGUGUUAAAAUUAUCACAAAAAAAUAAAUAAUAGAAGUUUUACAACGAAUUAGAGCAGAAAGUCAUACAAAGCAACUAAGAUAAAGAUAGAGAGAAAGUGGAGAAUGAGGAUUCAUAUCUGAUAUAACUGAAGAAUUUUGAUGAAAAUUAUAAAGCCAUCAAUCAAAAAAUAAGCGAAUUUCAAUAUCCAAAUUCAUAUAACUUUUAGAAUUAUAUUCUAUUUGCUACAUUACUCUUAGUUAUAGCAUAUAUAUUACUUGUUUCUAUUGCAGUUUGGAAUUAAUAUGAUUAUGGAGAUUGCAUGAAUUUGAUCUAAAUAUUGCUAAAGUUUCAAAAAACCUAUUCUCUUAUUACACAUGGAUUGUUUCGCAUUUAAUAUUCAUAUGACUUUAAUAUUUCAAACUUUGAUUAAUUGCAUUUCUUUUAUGAUAAAUAAAUAUUUUAAGAAGUUGAUUAAUUGAUAAAUUUUAGCAAUGCCUAAAAAAAUACAAUUAAUGACAUUGGUAUUUAACUUUCAAUUUUUUAUGAUAUUGACAACAGUACUAAACUGAAUUUAUCCAUUACAGAAACAAUUUAAAAAUCCUUAGCUCAAUUUUAUAAAGUUGUUGAAAAUUAGUUUGCAACAAAUUAUGAAUUAUAAACCCAACUCAUUUAAUCAAGUGUAGCAAAUUUAAAAGAGAUUGGCUAGCUUCCUUAAUUGGCUUUUGAUUCUUGCUAUGAUAACAAAAUUGAAAAAGAACGGUAUUAUUAAUAAUUAUUGAUAAUAUUUAUGGUGAUCAUAUUCCUCCUUGUGUUGAUUCUAUCAUCCUCAUAAAUCCCAAUGAUUUCAACACUAGGAAAAUAUAAAAAGAAAUUAUAUAUGGCAUUAUUAGAUAUUAAUCAAUUACAAUUUGCUUAGGAACAAGAAUCUUUUGAGACUCUUGCUUCUACUCUUAAAAAAUCAGUUUAUGAUUGGAUGAUGAUAGAUUUCAUUGUUGAAGGCAAAAUAUUUGAUAUCGAAAAGUAUUUCUUAAAUGGUGGUUAUUCUGAAAAUGCAUCCACUAAUUACAUUGAGAAUUAAAAUAGAGCUAAACAAGAAAAAAAUAAAUUAAUCAAAAAAUUGAAGGCUUCCAAUAUACAACAAAUUAGAUAUAUCAUCUUAUUAAUUAUUGAUUUGGUAGUUAUAAUGUCAUAUUUUUUGGUGAUAUUCCUAAUCAUCUUUAUUUUGACUGAUCAAUUAUUAUCAGGAUUAGAAUUGCUUUUCAAAUAUUAGACUCUUUAAUCAUCAUUCAUUAAUGUAUUGAAUAACGCUGAUAUGGUAGCGUACAAAACCUUAUCCAAUUCAUCCCUAUAUUAUAAUAUCUUAACAUAAUCAGAAUUUUAGAAUUACUCUUAAGUGCUCCAAGGCACAGAAUAAGACUUUUUUCUCCAAUAUGAUAAUAACAUUAUUGGUUCAUUGGCAGAUGACAAAAUUAAUUAUAAAAUUGAAUUCAUGAAUCAAUAAGCUAUCUGCAAUGAUCUAUAUGCUCUGGAUUGUCAAUCCACUUUAGUUGGUAUGUAUAAUGAAUAAAUUUUGGCAUAUUAUCAACAAGGACUCAAAUCCUUAGUUGUUUAAGUUUAUAAAAUUAUUCAGCAAUACCCUUAAUUUUAUGAGGAAGGAUAUGUAAAUAAUAGCCUAGCUGAUUUUGUUAAUUUUGCUCAGACUUCUGAGCAUAUUGCCUAUUUAGAUUAUGGAACAGAUCUCAUUAUUACAGCCUAUUCCUCAAUUGUUGAUAUGGCAUAAGAGCAAUUUGAUAUUCAAAUUUCAAAGUAUCAGCAAACUCUAAUUAUUUUUAUUUUAAGUAUAGGGUUUGUAGGACUAAUAAUAAAAGCCUUUUUAGGAAGAAUGCUAAUGAGAAUGUAGAAACAAUCGAUUGAUACAUGUCAAGCAUCAUUGUUACUACUAUCACCCAGAAGAUAUACAUAAAAGUCUAUAGCUAAAUUAAUUACAUAAAUAAUUUGA